AUGUCAGUUUCCAGAGACCAGUUGUUGCAGUUUCUGUCGGAGGUGUAUGAAGAGCAGCCAGAUGGUCAGUACAACGGACUCCAGGUAGAAGGAAGAAAGGAAAUUAGGACCUUGGUGACAGGUGUGUCCCUCUGUGGUGACCUUAUCGCAGAAGCUGUCCAUAGAAACGCUGAUGCAAUACUUGUGCAUCAUGGGUUCUUUGGGAAAUCAUUCCUUCGAGUAACCGAUUCGAUAAAGAAGCGGUUGACUCCUCUCCUCAAACAUGACAUAAACCUAUUUGCAUAUCACCUCCCGAUGGAUGCUCAUCCUAUUAUUGGACACAAUGCCCAGCUCUGUAAGGCUGCGGGGCUUCUGCUGGAGAAGUUUUACUCGUGCGGCUGCUACUGUGAAAAUCCCGGCAAUCUGUCUGGAUUGGAGAUAAUACGAAGGUUGAGCGAGUUUUGUGAUAGGAGGGCCUACGAGGUGGAUACACGCACUCCUCAACAAAAUGAUCUUUGUUCGUCGACGUUUUACGGUACAAGAGUUUGGCCGUUUAAUUCUUCCUUUGCAAUUAAUAGCCCACCAAAGCGCGUCUAUAUUUGUUCUGGAGGCUCUUCAGGCCUGAUUGACGAGAUAGAAGACGUGGAUUUAUUUAUAUUUGGAGAGCCCAAGGAGAGCGCUAUCUCUACUGCGCGGGACCGGGGGAUUAGCAUGGCAGCGCUGGGCCAUUGGAGAUCGGAACAGCCAGGCCUAUGGGCUAUCGGGGACCUCAUUUCUAAGCAGCUUUCUAUAACAGUAGAGCAUGUCUCUAUAGUGUGUGAUGUUUAG